AUGACCUUUAAUUAAGAUUUCAAUAAAAAAACAGUUAAUUAUAUUUCUAUCAAUACAUGUUUUUUAUCAAAUAUAAAAAUAAAUACUGUGAUAUCUAAAUUUAAAAUAUUUUUGUUACGAAUCAAUAAUUUAUGUGUAUAUUAAAAAAAUCCGCUUAUUAAUUACAUAUAUCAAAUCAGUGGAAUUUUUAAAUAAGGAACGGCUAUACUAUAUACAUUUUAACUAGUACUAUUAAUGUUUAAUAAUGAAUAACACUUUUUUAAGAUUUUUUCCUAAAUGCAAAUUAAUAAAUUAGUAUUUCAUCUAAGAUAUUUUUUUAUUAUUAUUUUUCCAUAUAAACUCUGUGACUUGAUUAUUAAUUUAUUAAUUUUUUAUUAUUUCAUAUUGUUCCUUCUAACGACUAAAUAACAAAAAUUUUUUAAAUAAUUAAAAAGUGGAAAUUAAAUUGGCUAUGAAGGUGUAUCAGGCUUAGGUUUGCUUAGUAAAGUACAAUAAUCUCCUAAAUUUUAUAUUUAAUCUUAAUUAAAUAUAGUUUAUUUGUUUUGGAUUUUGAUGUUUUUUAUCAUAAAAAUGCAUUUAAAGUAAUAAAACUCUUUUAAUUAAUUUAUUUAAUUUAUUUUUCUUUCUCUUUUUUUUAUUGUGCUUGUGUGUGUGUUUUUUCUUCUUCUUCUUUCUUUCAUUCUUUACUUAGUAAUUGAUUUUUUGACAUUCUAAUUUGCUUUCUUUAUUAAUCAAAUCGUUACUCAUUUUAUAAUAAUUUUUUUUCAUUUUUUCCUGAUAACUUACUAAUUAAUAAUUUAUUUUUUCUUCAAUAUUUAAUUAAUGGAAAUUAAAUUAGUUAGGAAGGUGCAUCAAGCUUAGGUUUAGUUUAAGAAAGUGCAAUAAUCUCUUGAAUUUGGCUUUUAAUCUCAAGUAAAAGCAGUUUAUUUGUUUUAGAUUUUGAUAUUUUUUAACAUUAAAAUGAAUUUAAUACUAUAAAACUCUUAAUUUAUUUAUUAGCUUUUUUUUGAUUUAUUUUUAUUUUUUUUGUCGUUGAAUAUAUUUUAUUUUCUAAUUUAGAAUAAAAAUUUAAAUUUAAACAUUUUAUUUUGA